AUGUUCGGCUCCAGUCGCGGAGGCGUGCGCGGCGGUCAGGAUCAGUUCAACUGGGAGGGUGACAAGCAGCGGGAGAACUACCGUGGCUACAAAAACGUGAAGAAGCAGACCACGGGCCUGAGCAAGGAGGACUUUGCGGAGGACUGCAAGCGGGAAGGAGGCGACCCCCAGAAGAAGGGCGUGGACCAGCUGCUGGGGCUGGGGAGCACUAGUGGCUCCGCGGGCCGCGUGGCGCUGUCGCGGGAGGACAAGGAGGCCGCCAAACUGGGGCUAUCUGUGUUCACACACCACCGCGUGGAGAGCGGCGGGUCUGGGACUUCAGCAGCCUCGGCCAGGAGGAAGCCACGGGUGGCGGAUCAGACUGAAAGCAGCUCUGAGAGCCACAGGAAAAGGAAGAAGGAGAAGAAAAAGAAAAAGAAGAAACACAAAAAAGAGAAGAAGAAAGACAGAGACAGGCGACCAGCCGAGGCCACCACCUCUUCCAUGUCUCCCGAGAGGCCCAGGCACUGCCACCAUGACUCUGACUCGGACUCCCCCUGCUGCAAGAGGAGGAAGCGAGGACACAGUGGGGACAGGAGCCCAUCUUGCAGGUGGCAUGACAAACUCUGAGGCCUGAUGGUUGGACCCUGCUCACUGCUACUGUGGGACCUGGAACUCUCCCUUCACCUUGCUUGCCUCCUGCCUCAAGAAAGCCCCUCGUGUGGGUGAGACCUGAGGCUGCUCCUAUGGAGUGGCUCUGGGCACCAGCCUGUCGGGUAAAGGCUGCACAGCUAGCUCUGGAGCAGCCAGCUUCCUGGAAGACCUCCAGGUUUCGCACAGCAGGGAUGGCCCCUGGCUUGCCCUGCGAAGGUGAGCCUGCCCACAGGUACCCAUAGAGGCUGGACUCCCCGUGUCCUGCUCGUGACUGCAGCAGCAGCCAUGGACCUAUGAGCAAUCUACCUGUGGCCAAGUAAGGUGACCUCUAUUUUUCCUUACAUUGACUCUUUAUAUUUCAAUAAAUAUAUUUUA